UUUAAUGAGACUCCAUUGGGUUGUAAUCAGUGUCAUGUCGGAUUCAUGUAAACUACAACAUUGUAACAAAAUGGCGUCUGUUAGGUACCACCAGCGGCAGGCAACAGCGCAGCCCUCAGCCACUCACACGCUAGAAGUCAAGGUUUCCACUGAGUCCAGGAGGAAUUUUAAAGAGUUUGUGCUUUUUGGGUGAUGAUAGUCAACUUUAUUAAGGAUAUUUUUGAAAUAUAUCCUCUGCUAAAUCUAUCUUGCUGACUUUUCCCAGGAUUUACAAGAAUGCCCUACACUAUGCUUUGUCACGUAUUUUUACAGUCCUUUUCACUGUAUGGAUGCCAUUAAUUAGUAACAGAGAAAGAGAAAUCUCUAUGGAUCACCUCUGCCUGAAGCAAAGUAUUCAACCAUGGUAAAACUUGCAAACCCACUAUAUACGGAGUGGAUUCUCGAAGCAAUACAAAAGAUCAAAAGGCAAAAGCAGAGACCAUCUGAAGAGAGAAUCUGUCAUGCAGUAUCAACAUCACAUGGACUGGAAAAGGAGACCGUUUUGGAGCAGUUGGAAUUAAGUGUCCAUGAUGGCUCCAUUCUCAAGGUGACAAAUAAGGGAAGUGCUUCUUACAAAGACCCAGAUAAUCCAGGGCGAAUAGCACCUCUCAAAUCUGGAGGCUUCUCGGUGUCUCUGAAGGGAUCAGCAUGGAGCUCUACCGACCUACGCUACGUAGAUUGGAAUAAGAUCUUGAGGCAAGCUAUCGAAGCUCUCAAUGACCCCAUUGGUUCCUCUUUGAAGAACAUCGAAAGGUAUCUCAGGAACCAGGAUGACUUGUCAAACAUCAUAAGCAACCCCACUUUCCAGCAGCGGCUAAGGUUGGCGGCCAAACGGGCAGUUAACAAUGGAAGGCUGCUGAAGAAUGGGCCACUGUACCGGAUGAACUAUGGAAGUGCUGAAGGAAGGGGAUCUUCCAGGUGUACAAGUGCUUCCCCAUCAUUCCUCCCCCUUGCAAGUCUUCUUCCACAUGAGAAAGACCAGCCUCGCGCUGACCCCAUCCCCAUAUGCAGCUUUUGUCUGGGCACGAAGGAGUCCAACCGCGAGAAGAGGCCAGAGGAGUUGCUGUCCUGUGCGGACUGUGGGAGCAGCGGACAUCCGUCCUGUCUGAAGUUCUCUCCAGAGCUGACCACGAAUGUAAAGGCGCUGCGAUGGCAAUGUAUUGAAUGCAAAACGUGUAGUUCCUGUCAAAUCCAAGGGAAAAAUGCUGAUGACAUGCUAUUCUGCGAUUCUUGUGAUCGGGGUUUCCAUAUGGAGUGCUGUGACCCACCGCUUUCGAGAAUGCCAAAAGGAAUGUGGAUCUGCCAAGUGUGUAGGCCAAAGGAAAAGAGAAAGCGUUUGCUGCAUAAGAGAGCUGCCCAGAUCAAACGUCGAUAUGCAAAGCCUUUAGGAAGACCCAAAAGCAAGCCCAAACAGUGUACCAUGUCUGUAACCAGUGGAGGCGGUUCCAUGAUAGCACUGGCUGGAAGGGGGUCACCUGGUAGGGGUCAAAAGAUUACCGCCUGUACCACACGUUCAUCUGGUCAUGCUGCAUCUGUGACGGACGCAAGACACAGGGAGCUGGCUCUUACAGACCCCUGUUGGGCUGAUGACGCCACCAAAUUCACCACCACCCCCCCCACCCCCACCCCCGCGUGUUUCACAUCCACCUCUCCCAGACUCACUGUUAACAAGAAAACCAAAGGUCUUAUCGACGGGCUUUCGAAAUUUUUCACGCCGUCGCCGGUCGGCCGCCGGUCGCGGGGUGAGGCGGUAGGCCCAUCGAGGCGAGGUCGCCCAAGGAAGCGGGGCCUUCAGAAACCCCCGUCCGCUCCUCAUUCCUGCAUGGUGGCCCCUGGCACCACCCAAAAGCUAACAACCACCACCACCACCCCCCUCAGUGCACUCCCGCCCGGUCCUCCAUUACCUGGACAGAGCCCCACCUCUCAGAAAUCCAACAGUUCCACCUUGGCUAACUCCCCCCAGAGUUCUUCGAGCCAGUCUAGUGCACCCUCCUUUAGUAGCCUCUCCAAUAACAGCCAACUUAAGGGACUUUUCGACGGACUCUCUCAUAUCUAUGCCACUCAGGGACAAUCUCGGAAAAAGGGACUCCCUAGUUACGCCCCGCCUAAGCGCACGCGCCGUAAGCCGGAUUUGUCUUCCACGGCAAAGUCUUGCCCCCAGCUCCACGGAAAGAAAGACAUUAAGAAUAGGAUGGCGGCCCACCUUACUCCCCUCUCCGGGUGGGGCCUGCCAAGAGGACGCCCCUUUAAGGCGGCUGGUCAUUUCAGGCGAGCGUCCUUCCUCAGAAAGCACAGGAUGCUAGGCAGGUUAAAAUAUAAAGUGACCCCUCAGAAGGGUACCCCCUCUCCAGGGAAGGGGGGCUUGACAGAUGGAAGGAGUAAGCCUGAGCACACUGAUGAAAAUGAAGGCAUCAGGAAAGUAAAGCAGGAGACUCCAGACUUGAGUGCGGCAGUUUCAAAGGAGCACGUUACACAAGAGGAUUUAGAGAUUUUUAAGCAAGUGCAGGAGCUCUCGAUGCAGAACACAGGGUGUGCGAACACGACAGGUUCUGGGCGGUACCCCACAGUCAUUGACUUUGGGAAGUACGAGAUCCAGACCUGGUACUCUUCGCCAUACCCGCCCGAAUAUUCAAGAUUACACAAGCUGUAUCUCUGCGAGUUCUGCUUGAAGUACAUGAGGAGCAAGAACAUUCUCCAGCGGCAUUCGAAGAAGUGUGGAUGGUUUCACCCGCCAGCCAAUGAAAUAUACAGAAAGGAUGACUUGUCUGUGUUUGAGGUUGAUGGUAAUAUAAGCAAAAUAUUCUGCCAAAACCUCUGCUUGCUGGCUAAACUCUUUCUGGACCACAAAACGCUUUACUAUGAUGUCGAGCCUUUCCUGUUUUAUAUACUUACAAAGAAUGAUGAGAAGGGUUGCCAUCUUGUAGGAUACUUUUCAAAGGAGAAGCUGUGCCAGCAGAAGUACAAUGUCUCAUGCAUAAUGAUCAUGCCUCAGUACCAAAGGCAGGGCUACGGCCGCUUUCUCAUCGACUUCAGUUACCUACUGUCGAGGCAAGAAGGACAAGCUGGCUCCCCCGAGAAGCCGCUGUCAGAUCUGGGCCGCUUAUCCUACUUGGCAUAUUGGAAAAGUGUCAUACUAGAGUACCUUUAUAACCACCCAGAUAAACACAUCAGUAUUAAGGGAAUAAGCAGAGCUACUGGCAUGUGUCCACAUGACAUUGCCUCAACUCUGCAGCACCUCAACAUGAUUGACAGGCAGGAUGGCAGAUUCGUUGUCAUACGGAGGGAGACGCUGAUCCAGAAGCACAUGACGAGGUUGAAGACGUACCCCCGCCGGAACGAAGUGGACCCCAACUGCCUUCGGUGGUCUCCCGUCAUGACCUUCAGCACGGUGCUGUCUGAGGAGGAGCGCGAGGCUGAGAUGGAGGCCGAGCGUUUGGAGCAGGCCAGCUGCUGGGAGAAAGAGGAUCGAGAGCCUUGCUCGUUAAGUCACUCGAGCAGACAGCCGUCCUCAAAGGUGCUCAGCAAAAACCCACCCUGGAAGUUGCCGGACCAUGCAUUCAGUGUAGCAGCAGGGACCGAGCGGGACAGCGAUGAUUACAGCGAGGAGGAUAGGGAUUCCGACCUCUCCCCACCCAUCCUCACCAAAGCUCAGGCUAUGCUUGGAGCCAAAAGGAAGAGGCCCAUCCUCAGACGCAAGAGAGGUAGGAAGAGGAAAAGGAUCAACAGCAGCGUGACGACAGAGACCAUCUCCGAGACCACGGAGGUGCUCAAUGAGCCCUUUGAGAACUCCGAAGAUGAGCGGCCCAUGCCUCUUCUGGAGCGCACUGGUAGAAAUGGAGAGACCGAGGAGGAGGAGGAGGAAGAGGAUGAUGACGAAGAGGAGGAAGAGUCCAAGUUGGUCAGGAAAUCGAUGGCUCGCCACUGGAACAGGCAGAGAGCUAUGAAGGACAUGGAGAAAGACAAUCACAAAUGCCAAAAAGAGGCUGUGGAGGAAGGGCACCUUAAAGUUUCGAUGAAGGAAGACAAUCCUCGGCCUGCCAAGCGCAAGAAAGGGUGGCCCAAAGGGGUUAAGCGAGGGCCCCCGAAAUGGAGGCUCAAGAGGGAGCAAAAAAUGGGCUUUAAACUGAAUCUCUACACUCCACCCGAAACGCCCAUGGAGGCCGACCAUCAGAUCCCAAUUGAAGAACCGAAGGAGAGUCCAGAGAAGGCUCCUGCAAUCACAGAGGAGGAUGUCGAACCUGGAAAAGAUUUGGAGCCUCUGGAUGCAGAGAUGGAUACUCUUCUCUCAGACCCCCAAGCUCCUGAGGUUUCAACACCCAAGAAACAGGACCAGUUUUUUGACAAACUGGGUUCUCCUGAAGAUUCUUUUAGCCACGACGAAAGCCAAGAGGAUGCUGACAAUGCAGUAGACGAUCAGGACGAAGGCAAGCGCACGGUUGACGAGCAGGAGCACAACACGCGAAUGGAUGAGAUUGAUGAAGAUGACGAGGAAGAGGAGCAGCUGGUGCAUGUCGAAGAUCAUGACGCCGAUGAUGAAGAUGAUGGCCAUGCAGAUUCCACUGAUAUCGAAAAGGACAGGAAAGUGCAGGACACUUUAAAAGAGCAAGAAGAAUACAAAGGACCUUUUUUAGAUCCAAACGAUCUAAACAGCCAGGAACCAUGUCAGGAGGACCCAGCUCCGAGCUGUGACGGAGAGCUCCCUCCCACUGCUAGCAAGGACAUUCAGGAGGUCACGGCUGACUCUGAGCAUCCUGUGGAUUCGGAGUCUGAUGAAGAGCACAAUCGUGAACUACACCAAAAGGAGAGCGAAUCCCUGGGAUUGCUGGUAAGAAAGGGUGCUCAUGCUUCCUGCCACGAGAUCGAUUCAGAGACGGUGCAGGCAGUCCAGUCGCUUACCCAAGAAGCUGAGCAGGACAGCCAUUUCCAGGACUGUGCUGAAACGCAGGAGGCUUGCCGGAGCCUGCAGCGAUACACUCAUAUAGACCAAAGCCCCCAGAUGGCGCCCCUGGACGACUGUCAGCAGUCAAAUCACAGCAGCCCCAUGUCCUCGGUCCACUCUCACCCCAGUCAAUCUGUUCGCUCCGUCAGCAGCCCCGCCGUUUCCGUCUUGGAGAGCAGCUACGCACAGAUCAGCCCCGACCAGGGUGCCAUCUCCAUGCCAUCUCUGCAAAACAUGGAGACGAGCCCUAUGAUGGAUGUCCCCUCUGUUUCGGACCAUUCACAGCAGGUCGUCGACAGCGGGUUCAGCGACCUGGGAAGCAUCGAGAGCACAACAGAAAACUAUGAGAACCCAAGCAGCUACGACUCCACGCUCGGGGGCAGCAUAUGUGGGACGAACUCCUCGCAGAGUAGCUGUUCCUACAGCAACAUCUCCUCCAGUGGCCUGUCCCAGAGCAGCUGCGCUGUGACGCAGCAGAUGGCCAGCGUCAAUGGGAGCUGCAGCAUGAUUCAACAGAACAGCAUGAGCUCUCCACAGAGCUGUGGGGUUAAGUCCCCCCAGGGCUGUGUCGUAGAGAGGCCCCCCAGUGGAAACCAGCAUCACCAGCAGCAGCAGCUCUCUCAAUGUGGCAUGCCUACCACCUUCACUUCACCCAUGCAGCUCAGCGACAUCCCAGAGUCCGGCAACCCAAACCUCGGCCUCUACGAGCGGAUGAGCCAGAGUGACUACGCCGGGGGGCAUUACCCCCAGUCUUCUGCCACAUUCAGCCUGGCCAAGCUCCAGCAGUUGACCAACACGCUGAUGGACCACCCUCUGCCUUUCAGCCAUUCGUCCUCGCACCCCAUCACAUCCUAUGCAAACACCGUCCCCCUGUCUUCGCAGCUCAGCAACUCCGGCCUUGUGUCAUUGCCACAAUCCCCACACGCGGUCCCUGGGGGACCCCAGACGCAGGCCACCAUGACCCCUCCCCCAAACCUCACGCCCCCGCCGAUGAUGCUACAGCGCAACAUGGCGGCGUCAAACAUGGGAAUACCCCCAUCACAGAGGCUUCAGACUCAGAUGGCCGCCAAGAACCACAUUUCGAUCCGGUCCAAGUCUGUACCCUUGUCGCAUCACCAACAGCAGAUGUACGGCCGGACCCCACAGGGCGUCCCUAUGCAGACCCCUGGUCGGACGCUGGCGAUGUCUCGAAUGAACAUGGGUGUAAAUCUUAUGCCUGCACCAGCGUACAACGUGAAUUCCAUGAACAUGAAUAUGGCCCCUCUCAAUGCCAUGAAUGGGUACCGGGUGACUCAGCCCAUGAUGAACAGCAGCUACCCUGGCAACCACACCUACAUGAACCAGUCCCCGCAAUACUCUAUGCAGAUGGGCAUGAUGGGAACACAGCCAUACCCCCAACAGCCCAUGCAGGCUCCGCCCCAUGCCAACAUGAUGUACACCCCAGCCAGUCACCAUGGAUACAUGAACGCCAGCAUGUCCAAACAAUCUUUAAACGGACCUUUUAUGAGACGCUAGUCUUCAGUUGUUCUUGAUCUUCAAAGCCCAUUUUUAUUUAGUUUUUAUAUAUAUAUAUAUAUAUAUAUAUAUAUAUAUAUAUAUAUAUAUAUAUAUAUAUAUAUAUAUAUAUAUAUAUAUAUAUAUAUAUAUAUAUAUAUAUAUAUAUAUAUAUAUAUAUAUUACACACACAAAAUAUUAAAAUAUUUCCCUUCCCCCUUGUAUGUAGUUCUUUUUGGUUACUCUGUGGAAAAACCAGCACUUGGUAAGAAUGCAAAAAAAAAAAAAAAAGUUUUUGACACAUUCUCUAAGCUUAUUUUUUUCCUGUUUUUUGGGAAGCCUUACAUUAACAGAUUUGAUUUAGUGUCGUCCGCUCUCAAAUGUAUUUGAUGAUGAGCUUCAGCAAGAGAAGGCUUCUAUACCAGCUCCGCGGUUUUGUGGCAGCUUGGGUGAUGAAGCUAUUUAAUGUGCCUGCUACAGAUAGUAAACGUGUAUUAGAGCCUUUCAGUCUACCUGUCCAACAGUACUGAAAUUUAGUUUGUACCAUAAUUUAUGCCUUUGUACGUUUAAAUUAUUGUACAUUGUUUUAUUUUUUGUAAAGUGACACUUAGCAUGCUACAACGUCUUUGUUAGUGACAGUGCAUUAAGUAGUACUGUACAAGUGUUGUGCUUUAAUAGCAAGCCAUUUUAAAAAUGUAUGGCCUUCAUUAGAUUUCCCUGUUAUGGGAGAAAGAUUAUACUAUAUUUUUGUUAAUUCUAAUACUGUACAAAUUGUAAACUUAGUUUUGUUUUUGGUUAAGUUUGAAAGGUUUUAUUGCUAAAUGUGUAUAAUUCUGAACUUUUUGUAACAAAUUUCCUUAAAGGAGGCAGCUUUCUGUUUUAUAAUGCAGACUGAUUUCUGUCUAAAUAAUGAAGCAUAUCUCAUAUUUGUACCCGAGAAGUUCUAAAACAUUUCAAAGUAUGCGAACCGAAAUGUGGCAGAAUUUUAAAAAGUAACGCUGAUGAUGAAGAUAAAAUAAAUUUAGUCCAAAGUUGUAUUUUAUGGAAAUGCCUUUAACUUUACAUUUUCAUUCCAUCUGUAGAUUUGUUUUCUAUCUUUAUAAGAUGUCGGAUUUAUAUUUUACGAAAGCGUAGAGCAGUAGCCUGUGAAUAGAACAAACUAAGCUAAUGAAUCGCAUGUAAAAAGCAAAUUGUACUCGUGUCUGUUAAUAAUAUUCCUUUUUUUUUUUUUUUUUUACCCUUUGUACCUGUACAGAGUGGCUGGUAGGAAUGGGAGGGGGAAACCUGCUUAUGUGUACAAAAUAGUACAGAACAAGUCUCGUAUUUAUGAGUUAUUAGUCCCUUAAAAUGCUGUACAUUUUAGCAUAAAAUAAAUUAUGAUGAACCAUGUGUAGGCUUCUGUUAUUUGUUAGCUCAUUGAAAAGCUCGUGACAGUUGGAUGUGCAGACUUCUCGUUAAUUAAUUGAGAUUGUGGAAUGUAUAUAUGCUAUCGGUCUAUAAGGAAGUAGCUUUUGAGGCACAGAAACGUAUCACUUGUCACUGAGGUUUUGUAAGCUUUAGCACCGUUGACCAUGUGCCUCAAGUCAUGGGCAUGGAUCUUCUGGGUUUAAAUGGAGAUGCUUGUCAUCAAGCACGUGUAUAGAUCUUUAUUCUGGUCUUGCUGUGCUGUUGUAAUUUUAUCCUACCCGACCCACACUUGCUUGAUCCAAUUGUCCUUUUUGUCUUAAGUGAAAUUAGCUCUCCCCUGUCACUCUGCUGAAUCUUGGGUCUUUUAGCGGUUCCACGUGCACUUAUGGUGACCAUCUUGAACAUAUUUGACUUUUUAUUAAUAAAAUGGUCAUCGAUAACCUUAAGGCGAUUUUUGUGUCAUGUAAAGAUCCUGAGUUCAGUUAAUGGCAAAUGAAGCCUAUUAUGUCACUUGAUGGUACAAAAGCAUUAAGAUAGCUGUGUACAUUGUUAUCCUGCAGUUUUUUAAAUUAUUUUUAAAAAUGGAGAUUUUUUCUUUUUAAGUUUAUGCCCCGAGGCAAAGAUUAUCGAAUAAGCUGAAUGUCUUUUGAAAAGUAAAAUAAAGCCAAAUGUACAGGUAUCAUUAGAAUGACUCUGUAAUAUUUUUCCCUCUACUAGUUGUUAAUUUCUGGAACUGAAGUCGUUGUAUGCUCUUUCAAUGGAAAUACAUAGAGGCUUUUAUUUUGA